AUGGAUCUCAACUUCUCACUUUGCUUUGCUGUUCUACUGAUUCUACGAGUCUCCGUAACUUUUGCUUCUUAUAAUAGAUGGAGUCUAUCAAGUACCCCUGAUAAUAACGGGAGUCCAUCAAGUACCUCUGAUAAUAGCGAGAGUCCAUCAAGUACCUCUGAGAGUCCAUCAAGUACCUCUGAUAAUAGCGAGAGUCCAUCAAGUACUCCUGAUAACAACACAGCCACUGAAGGUCCCCUGCUCUACACUAUGCAACCAGUGAGCCAAUAUUCUUGCAACCCGUACAUUGAUGUACCUAAGCAACUAGCCUGUGCCCUCUACCAGCAAGGAGGUCUGUCCAAUCACACCAUCCGCUGGUUUAGAAGCUCUAAUAACUCCGGUAAUAUUGAAACAGUACCAAUAAAUGAAACCAUCUCAAGCAACAAAGAUUAUUUAAUCUCAACACUUCUGCUAAGAGAUUUAAUAAAAGCAGAAGGUCCGAGUGAUUACUGGUGUCAGGCAGGAGUCUACGGAGAGGCUAAUUCGACCUAUGAACCCAGUGCAGUAUUUACAGUGCUACCACGUGAUGCGUACAUUGGGUACCCUCCCUGCACAGGACUGUACAUGUCUCAACAGCUCUCAAUGUUUGCUGGCAAUGGAUCGCUUCUUACGCCUGUGGGCAUCAUCGACACACCCACCAUAGCCACAACAGCUACAACGGUGGACCCCUCUCCCUCAAGUGAGGAGGAUCUCACACCGGUCUUGGUAGUGGGCGUAGUCGUCUCCUCAUUCUUUGUUGCCCUUCUCUCCUUGAUCAUCUGUAUCUUCUGCUGCGUCCUGGGAUCAAAGAGAAAGCUAUCAACUAAAAUUGACCUUAUUCACGGUACGAAUGAACCUUUGCAAUCACUGACAACCAUCGAUAUCCAUGGCAACGAACCCACCACUCCCCCUCAGGAAAUGGAUAACUCGGAAUAUUACGUUGAUGUUGAAGCCGAGGGAAUUCCCCCCCUAGACCACCCCCUACGUACAUCACUACCUAAUAGUACGGACUUUGAUCAUCUUCAAAACAACUCUAUAGAGAUUCAUUAUCACCCCGUUGACACUGACGGAAUGGACGAAAGGGAAUACACAGAUCUCCGAAAGCCACCUCCUAUUUCUCCUAAACCUAGAGGAGUCAAAUCUCAAUUAAUAAAUUGUCAGCGACCAUUUGCAGUCAAAAGAAUAGGUGAUAUCGAGACUUCGAAAGAAUGCAGAAAACCACUGCCACUACCAAGCGAAAAUAGAGCUCUUGACAAAUCGCUACCUCAUGAUCAAUCUCAAAGAAUUGGGCAACCUUCUAAACAACACUAUCAGGAGCUCAGUUCAAGAACGAUGGAUUAUUUGGAACUGUAUACAUAUCCAUCUGCUAGCUCUAAGACUUAGAGUGUAUGCUAACUAAAUUUGUUUAAUCAUUACUGUUGACUCAUGUUUUGGUAUUGUAAGUUUUUAACUAUUAUGUCAUAUACCUUUAUCAAUUUCAAAGUGCAGGGGUAGAUCUAAACCGUUGUUUAUACGAGCAACAAAUCAGUAUCACCUUAUAGGCACUCAAUAUCUAUUCCAGGAACCCGGUUUCCAUUUAUUUCUUGGCAGAUUGUUGCUAUGGUUGCAUGGUUGUGCGUGCAUGCAAACAAAGGCCUUUGUGAAGUUAAUCAAUCAUACGAAUCGGACUCUUAUUAGAAAUAGUUUUUGCUAGCACAGUUGCCCUUCAAACUUAUAGUGCUAAAACAUGAGCAUCAACCCUCAACUUGGCUUAAGUCCGUAGUAUAAAAACAUGCAUGCAGCUAGUCUUAUAAGUAUCAUUUUCAGUCUGAUGUAUGAACAUUGAAUUGAAUUUCUUGUGCACAAUGCGACCGAAUGGAGAGAAUGUAUUUUCAGCAUAACAAAGGUUUUGUGUAAACCACUAUCAGAUGUGAUAAGGGAAAGAUUUCGACGACUUCGCGAUCAAGUUCUGAGGAAAAUAUUUUAAUGGCGCUAGCGGAACUGGGGAUUGACCAGCGGACUGGGACAAUCCUAUUGGACGGCUGUGGCGGAUUGUCAGGUAUCGCCAAGGCAACCCGAAGAGGGGAGUUGAUUGAUUACAAUGUUAGCAGAUCUUUAAUCACGUCCAUACAAGAAGUAUUGCAUUAGGUCAUUAGUAGGGAAUAUUGUACUAGCUGACAUACAUGAUAUCAUGCAAUUAGUAUCACGGCUAGACAGCCAAUAUUUAAACCUUAUAAGGUUACCAUUAAUGUGUUCCCCCUUGUUCCAUCCUGUUCCCUUGUACCCAAUUCCAAGUAUUCAAACCUCCACCCCCUCUGUCUAGUCUGUGCAUAUGGUGUGUGUGACAUUGCACUAAAACAGAAGUUA